GAAGAAGGGGGCGGGGUCGCAUAGAGCAGUUUCUGUUGCUCUGUGCUAUGGAGGAGCGUUCUGCGGGACCAGGCAACGACUCAUUCACGAAGAAAGUUCCCCAGAACACCGCUUUAGGGGGCCCGGGGCAGUUACUGGGAAGGAGAAAAGGGGAAGGAGCGAGGCCCAGAGCACGCACAGUCUCCGCCACAUCACGCCGAGAGACCCUAUCACUAGCUGUGUGUGGAGUAGGACCCAGCAGGGGACUGGAGCUGUGUGCCUCGUCCAGACCCACCAGUGAAACCUGGGAGAGAUCACGUGAUGGUCACGUGACCCAGCUCCAGAGCUCCACGUCCCUCCCGAGUGUGGGUUUUCUAAGGAGUGCCCGACUCUAUCCACUUGGAGUAGUGGACACCCCUCAACUGCAACCUCAACAGUUCCUUGGCAUUGUAUCAAAUUCUAGAAGUAAAGGUGAGCAGAGGAGACCUGUUUCUUGGGUUGGGACAAGAACUCAAGCAGAGCGGAGGAACAAGGACUCGGAGUUGGCUGAUUGUGACGUGGAAAGAGAGAGAAACAGGCACUCUUUCUCUGGAGAUUCAAACUGUCUCCAGCGUAGAUCGCGGCUGAUUUCUUUACCAAGGAACACUGCAUUAGUCCCUACAGCCUCCAUGUCAGUGGAACCAACAAGAGCAAAGAAGCAGACGAGUGUUUUGUCGGGGAAAUCGCGGACACUUUUUCCACUUGUCCGGCAAAAAUCAGCUCAUGCAAACGCCGGUCAGGAGAUUAGAGUUGAAGUUAGGAGCUCUAGAGAUUCAGAGUAUGGGAACAGUCUAAAGUCUACUGGUGACAAAACUGUAGCUGGGAGUGUACUGUCGGCAACCUUGCCCGAUCUUCCAUCCAACACAGCCGCGCCUGAUACGCAAUCACUGACGACACCUCAACAGCCAAAAGCUGAGAGAAAACAAAUGAGCAUCGUGUCGGUAGGAUCCACUGGAGCCACGGCUGCAGGCAAAGCCGGGCAACAAAGGCUAAGUCGCUGGAGAAGAAAAGCCUCUCCCGGCAGACGAGGGGCCACACUCAGUCUUGGCUGGACGCAGGGGAAACCACUUGGACCGCUCACUGUCCACCCUGUCUAUAGAGACGCGGAGAAGACGAGGUCACGGAGAAGAAGCGGAGAGUUUUCGGAGCUGAAAGAGGUUAAGACGUCGCUGGGGAGUGGUGGCGAGGCAGUGGUGUCAAAGGACUGUAUCGUGAUCGAUGUUCAGGAAUAUUUAGCCAAUUAUUAGCGGAAUAGCUAGUCAUUCAUCGCCAUGUGUAGAGUGUGGUUUUCAAAAUCACAGAAAAGACUAACAUGAAAUGUAUGAUAUGAAAUUUCCAUUAUGAAGCGGUUCCUAAAGUCCUCAGUCUUUCUUCCUUGCGUUUUGUAACUGGAUAAAACUCCGUCUCCCACUUUUCAAGUUCAGGCUAUGAACUGAACUUUUCUUUCAUCAUUUCGGCAUAUUUCUUCGGGUCCUUUCGCAUGAUCUUCAACUCCUCGUUCAUCUGGAGGAGCUCCUCGAGCCGCGCCAGCUUCCGCGGGUCCUUUCUCACCAGAAACUCUAUGUCUUUUUCGGUGAUCUUCCCCGACCUGCCCACCUCCACAGCUCUCAGGGUCAUCUCCGUUAUAAAGUCUACCACAAGUUCCUCUAUUAGGUCCACUGUCUCCUCAUACGGACUGGAGUCGUCCCCAAAGCCGUGCAUCAUAUACUUCAACUCUCUGUGGAAGAUCCUCUUUCUUUUCUUGGUGGGUGGCGUCUCGGAGCUAGCUGCCGUCUGGCUGGACGACAGAGGAAAGGGAGAAGGACUCCUCUGCACACUCUGGACAAUCUGCGACGCUGCAACGGACACCAAAUCGGUCGUACCACCUUCCGCCAUCUUACCU